CACUACAAUCAGCAGCUUUUUGACGUCAGUUACAUCUAAUAUUAUUUUGAACAUUUAUACAAAUAAGAAGAAAUUCAGAUGCCAAUCUGCUGGCAGUAGUGCUCAUGACAUUAUUUCGUCAAUUUUUUAGUGUUUUUUUUUCGUAGUCUACCCGUGUGUUUUCUGUUUAACUUUAGAUUGUUGAGUUUUUGGAACAUUUGUGUAGUUUAUUUAGAAAGACUAAACCCUAAUCUGUCUAAACUUAAAUUUUGUAUGGUCAAGACUCAAAUAAGCUUACUCUAAAAUUGUAGACUGCCAUCAUGAUGGUCAGAUAUGGUGUGGUGUGAUUACAUUCGACUAACCGGUAACCCAGGCCUAUCGUCCACGUAUUUUUAGUAUACUAUUAGUUCGACAUUAUUGGAUCAUCAUCAUCAUCAAAGAUUUUGGAUUUAUAGUGUUGCCAAUGGGCAAGAUUCAGUUCUACUAACAGUUUUAUUUUGUUAGAAAGAUUUUUAACAAAGAACUGAAACCAAUGAAAGACAUUUAUGAGCAUUGAGACUUAUCAAUCAUCGAUGUAUUAUGACAAAGUUUUCAAUGUGAAUAUGGAUAGUCUUAUUAAUGUUUCUUCACUAGGUUUAUGGUUGUAUUUUUAAUUAGCCAAUCAGAUGUUUAGCUUGAUGGGGAAUUGUAUAUCUUGCAUCAAAAAAAGGCAAGAGCCUAAAAGGUCUGUAACUUUUGCCAUUUUGGGAUUGGACAAUGCCGGAAAAACAACAACUACGAUAGCAUUUAGUGGAGAACCAAUUGAUCCAGAUAUUGCUCCAACAGUUGGCUUCUCUCCCGAAACGUUUAGUUUUGACAAAUUUGAUGUGACCCUGUAUGAUCUGGGCGGUGGUAAGAAGAUCCGAGGAAUAUGGAAGAGUUAUUUACAUGAAAUUUAUGGACUGAUAUAUGUGAUUGAUUCUACAGCAUGUAAUAGAAUAGAAGAAACACAGGAAACUUUAAAAAACCUUCUACAGAACCCACAUAUAGCUGGCAAACCUCUUUUAGUAUUAGCUAAUAAACAGGAUCAAGAAAAUGCUUUAAGUGAAGUUGAUAUAUGUGAACAACUAGAUCUCGAGAAUAUCGUUAAUGCUAAUAGAUGUCCUUGUAGAAUGGAAACAUGUUCAGCAAUUCGUGGUUCAGGAAAGAAAAUGGAUAAAAAUAUUAAAAAUGGUAUGAUAUGGUUGAUGUCCGUUGUUGAAAAAGAGUUUGAUAAGUUGAAAAGUAGAAUUGAUCAGGAUAUGGAGGCAAAUAAAAUUGCUAAACUAAAAGAAAAACAAGAAAGAAAAGAAAGAGUAGAGAAGCAAAGAGCAGAAAGAGAAAAGAGGGAAGAAGAAGAAAAAAAGAGAUUGGGUAUUGAGGAUAAAGUUGGUGAUGAAGAUGAUGUAGUCAAUGGCGAUCCGUUUAAGAAAUUAAAUGUAAAUGAAGUACAAAAGAGGGAUGAAAAGUUAAAAGAACAGAAAAGAAGAAAGAAAGAAUUACUUCAGAAUUUUGAAGAAGAGGAAAAAGAUGUGAAAUCUCAUGUUAAAGAAGAUAUAGAAAUGUUUAAAACCCCCAGAAGUGUGAGAUCACAGGGUGGAUUACCUCCUACUCUAGGUUCAUCGCGAUUACCCAAUACAGCAAACGACACAUCUCCUCGUUCUGUUUCUAAUCCGUUAUUACCACCAUUACAGCAGCCGCUUGGCACCAAAUUCCUGGAUGAUUCAGUGAAGCGCAAGAAAAAGAAAAAAACAAAACAUGUCCUUGAUGAGACACAUAUAGAUCCCAACCAGUUUACUGAAUCAGUUGCCAUGGAAACCUUAAGAUCUGUUUCUAAAAUAGAAGUAUCAGAAAGAGAAACUAAUCAAAGCCACGUUUCCAGGAAUACGAGUAAUAUCAGUAAUAGAUUUGCUCCAAUUCAUGAUGACGAUUCCUUCUCGGAAGAUAAUCAACCGAGGAAAUUGGUCAAGAAGAAGAAGAAAAAGAAGCCAGCAUACACACCAUCAGAUAGUGAUAAUGAUUUAGAGAAAGAGAAUGCACCAAGGUCUAGAAGAUUACCUCCCCCUCCACAUAUUCAAGUGGUACCCCCUUCUAUAUCAGAGACAUUUGAAGAUGCAGAAGUUAUAACUCCUCCAUCCUCACAUAGAAGAAAAAAGAAAAAUAGAUUUUUAAAGAAACGUGUGGGUAUGUCUGAUGAAGAUUCCUCUCCUAGACAUAUCAAUAGUCAAAAUAAUCCAACACAUUCCGUAGGAGAUGAUGAGGUCAAAGGUCAUACACGUCAAACAGGAAUCAGUUCAACUACUAACUGGGGACUGAUAGAAGAUUUACCACAAGUUAAUGAAGAACCAAGAAGAUUAAAACCUAAUUUUGAUGAUGAUAUUGUAACAUAAUCUAAAUAUAGAUAAAUCUUCUUCACUAAUCAUAACAAAAUAAUCACAUCAAAUUUAGACAAAGAUAUACUCUUAAUCAACUGUUUUAUUGAAGUUCAAUCAAGCCGAUUGGUAAAACAAUGAACCGGUCGCUAUGUUAUAACAAAUCGAUCUAUGCUACAUACUGAGAAUUACUCCUAAAUCAAAAUGUUAAUUUUAUAAAGUCCUGGUGCACCAUUUUAAGCUAUAUGAAUCAUUUUCAAACUGGGGGUUGGAUGGACGAAUAGUUAGUGCGUGAACGCUGUAUCAUAAGAUCUGUCAUUGAGUCAACUAAUGUGGUUUCGACCCCCCGGUUGGACGUGACAAGGAGUAGGGUCGCAUGUCAAACCUUGUGGGUUUUCUCCAGGUCCUCCGGUUUCCUGCCACUGCUAAAGACCCCUACACACAGGCGAAUUAUUGAAAUAAAAUUGAACCAUAUGUUAGUCCCGAAAUGACCUAGUUUGUGUCAAGUGGAUAUUAAACUCCAUUUCUCUCUCUCUCUCAUUUUCAAACUAUAAUAUUGUGAAACAUCAAACUCUAAUAGGAAUAUCAGUUCAAAAAUACGUCAAUUCAGUUCAGUAUUUACAAAGAUAUGUGUAAUUGAAAUUUCACUGAUCUAUGCUGCUUGAGCGUAACAAGAUGUCGCCAUCUUUUAUCAAUAUUAGAGACAUGUGAUGAGCCUAGUUUAAAUCCAUCUGAUUUCUUGUUGGUAUUUUGAUUUCUUAUUCUGAAUUUUAAUGUUAAAGGGACAAUAACACUCUCGCUGGCUUGACAGCUCCAGAAAAUAAAAAAUAGUCUUAUUCUAAGUACUAGAUGUGUUAGUGUCCUACCUGUUGUGUAAAUUAUCCAUUAAAUCCUAUUUUACUUGUCCAGAGGGUUCAAAAAUAUUUUUAAAUCCAAGUCACAUUUGAAAAGCUUUACGUCAGGGUUUUCAAAUCAUUUAGUUGAAUUUUUCUGAUUUUUUAAAUUAGGUGUUUUAAGAUGAAAUUUGUAUCAUCAAUUAAUUGGAAUAUUGUAAAAUAGUACAAUUUGUUGACCAGAAUAAAGAUUGGGACAUAUUAUUCAGUUACAACAAGAGUCGUAUUGAGCCUUUAAAUAAUCAACCCGACUACAAAUUUAGCAUGUAUAUUGUAUUAAAGUGUGAGAAAUUUGAUAUUUUAUUGAUAAUGUAAAUGCUGCAUCAGGACUUAGUUUUAAAUUAUAGGUAAACAGAAUCAAAAUUAAGACCAAUACAAUAUAGAUCCAACUACAUGGGUAUGUAUUGUGUGUGAUACUCCUACCCUAGAACUGUGAUAACGGCUGAUAUAGUUGAGCAUGUUUUUAUUGUAUAAAGAAUUAUUUCGACCAUUUAUUAUGAAGUGAAUAGACUAUUUUAUCAUCAGUACUUGUAAAUUAAAUUGUAUAUACAAAAUUUGUAAAUUAUUAUUAUGUGUACAUUUAAACAUACAUUAUGUGUUUACUUAAAAUGAUCUUAAACAUACAUUAUGUGUAUACUUUAAAUGAUCUUAAACAUACAUUAUGCAAGAGCUAAAUCUGCCUAUUGCAGGACUUUCUUUAGGCUUUAAAUGUUAUAUAAAUUAUUAAUUAAACAUUAAUUAACAUGACAAGACCAUAAUCAACUCUCGAUGGCAUCCCUAGCCUGCGAUAUUUACUGGAUCAGAACCCGGUCUGCUGCUUCUGAUUAAAUCAAAAAAUGGAUAAUCGAGACUAUGUUUUUUAUUAUACCGACUUUAGUAAUGAUGAUCGAGGCUAGGCCAAAAAUUGAAUCGCUAAAUUCUCGGUUCAGAGUGGAUCAAUUUGACUGAAAUUUUCAUUAUCUAGUUUUUAACUAUUGUAGUGAGAACUGCCAGCUCUUUAUCUAAUCUCCCAUAAUGUAUGUUUAAAAUUAUCGUAAUUAUUGUUGUUAUAAAUGCCAUUUAUCAUCAUUUAGCUACCAAAGUUUGUUUGAAUCCAUUCAUAUACAUUUAUCACAAGAAAAGUUAUUUUCUUAAAUUUUUAGUGCGGUAAAUAUUUUGUUCAAAAUUACAUAUGUUGUUUAUCAUAUAUCGUAAUCAAAGAUUUAUGUCAUGUGUAAUUUUCUACCUGAAAAAUUAUUAAUUAGACAUUAUUAACUUAUCCAGACCAUAAUCAACUCUCGAUGGCAUCGCUAGCCUGCAAUGUUUAUUGGAUUAGGUUCCGAUUUACAGUUCGACUUCCAUUCAUAACUAAAUCAAAAAAUGGAUAAUUGAGACUAUUUUGUUUUAUCCUACCGACUUUAGUAAUGAUGAUCAAGGUUAGGCCGAAAAUUUAAUCGCUAAAAUCUCUUUUCAGAGUGGAUCAAUUUGACUGAAUUUUUCAGCAAAUUGCCUUUACAUUGUCUAGUUUUUAACUAUUAUAGUGAGAACUGCCAACUCGUUAUGUAUCUUUAACAUAACACAUUUCUGUGGAUCAAAAUCACUAUAUUAUAUAUAUACACAUGAUGUUUCGAUACCAUGUCACUGAUCGUUAUCAUCAUGCACUCACGAUUACAAAUGAGGCUAAUAAUAUUGUUUUUAAAUAUCAAGAAUCACAAAUUCUGGGGAACGAUUCAUUUCCUCAGAUCUUUGUUAAAAAUAUUUUUAAAAUUCAAACUGCAGUAUUCAUACGAAAGUUUCUUAUAGAUAAAUAAACCCCUCCUGUCUACAAUUAUUUUAUGUCUUUUAUUGUCUGUUUUAAAUUUUCUAAUUGAUAAUACAUUUUAAUUAGUUAAUUAACACAUAUAUUUCAGAAGUCUAAAAUGUAUACUGUUUUAGUGAUGUUAUUGUAAUCGACAAAAUAUUAGUUUUAUUUUAUCAGUGAACCGUCCAGAAAAAUUCCAGAGAGAAUUUUCGUUCUUACAAUUUGAAUUUAUACAAAUGUCCCAACUUAACAUUAAUCACCCAUAUCUUACAUAGAUCUUUACAGUCACCAUAUUAUGAAUGUGCCAUCUUUAAAAUAUAUUAAUCAUUAAUAUGUGCGCUUAUAUUGUUCACCAAGGGCCCUAUUAUUGAAUACUUAAACAUAUGAAAUGACCAAAAAACUUAUGUGUGGUUUAAUGGUCGAGAGCAAGAGAUUAAGUAAUAUAUUGAAACAACACGAGGCAUGUUACUAUUCUUAAACUCAAGACCAUUAAACAACUUAAAAAUACGGACACACACAGAUACUUUGCAAUGAAAUAUGUCACGUAGGUCCAAAAUUUCAACUAGUUUAAAUAAUGUACUCAUGGCACAUUACAUGUACCGUUAUUUGAAAUAAUGGUACACCAACAUCGAAGGAUGAUGUCAUAUCUGUAUUUUAAAUGCACUUAAAGCUAGAGUUUACUAUAUAAGUAUAUACACUUUACAACAGUUACACACCAAUCUGGUUCAGAUUAUUUGAUAUAGGACCGUUUAUCUUAAAAUAAAAGUAAAAAGUGCCAUGUUAUAGUCAUGGUUUUAGGAAUAUCAGAUAUUAAGAUUAUGGUAAUCCUCUGAAUUGGUCUGUUUUUAUAUAUGAAUAAAUCUACAGUUAAUCUGAUGUUGAUUUCACUUUAUUUUUGAUGUUGUACAAUGCCAUGCAAAAGACAGAACAAAAAUGAAACAUCAAGUCUAUCUCAUUAUUUAAGGUUGAAUCUAAAGUCCAUCUAUAGUCCGUUUGAUAUUAAAAGAGGCAUUAAUUAUUGGUUUUAUUUGACUAUAAGUAAAGUUAUAUCUGGCAUAUUCAAAUUAGAAUACAUGUAAAGUUUAAGACAUCUAGUUCAUGAUUUACUAUUCUAUACCAGUCUAUGCAUAGCUGACGGUGGUUUUUUCAAACGUUCAGCACUUCAAACAGUGAAUACUUUGCUCAAAGCAGGCCAUUUAUUAAUUUUCAAUGAUUUGGGUGAUUUUGGAUAUGAAAUGAUAUAAAAUUAUUUACAUUUAUUUUAUAAUCUGUCUUGUUAAUUUUCAAUGAUUAGGGUGAUUUUGGAUAUGAACUUAUAUGAAAUUAUUUACUUUUAUUUUAUAAUCCGUCUUGAUUUUGGAUAUGAAAUGAUAUAAAAUUGAUUAUAUUUAUUUUAUAAUCUGUCUUGUUAAUUUUCAAUGAUUUGGGUGAUUUUGAAUAAGAAAUGAUAUGAAAUUAUUUACUUUUAUUUUUAUAAUCUGUCUUGUUAGAUUUAUGAACAUUACCGUCCUUCUAUUGUUAAACAUGAUAGGAAUUAUUUGUGGAUAGUUUGUUAUUAAUUGAUAUAUUUUGUUUACUUGUCAACAGUAUCUGUGAUAUUUACA